CUAUUUUGAGCUAGUGUUAGUAUUUCUUUCUGGGACAGGCACAUCCCAAUUAAAUUCAGUGUUGAGAAAGGAAUUAUUGUGAUCGUUGUGAGAGAUGAGGUCAUUUGCGCUGUUGUACUGGAGUCCACUGUUCCUGAGUCAUUGGUGGCGGAGAUCUUCAUUGGUUGCGCUGUAGCAAGCGAUUCCCGUCAUCAGCUGACUGACCUACAACUGACAGAUCUGGCUGCCGUUCCAGCUGAUGAUGAAAUGCCUGGGCACUACCAUCCGUUGCAUCCCCCCCGAACACCACCAUAUCAACAUCCAGGAGCUGUUCCAGGAUCCAGGUUCAGGCGCGGAUUAUGAUGUCAACCACAGAUAAGAGUGUCAAGUGUCCAGUUUUUAGUGUGAAAGAGAAUAAUUCGGUGUGAAUGAAGAUUAAUCUUUCAGUGAAUUCGUCAUUUUUAGGGGAGGGGGUAAUGUAAUAUUGUGAAUAUUGAGAGGUUUGAAUUAUUGUAGUUUUUUGUACCUUUCUUUCAGGUUGUUGAACUGAUCAAAAUUGAAAUAAAUUUUUCCAAUAUGAACUCUAGUGAACCUUGUUUUCGAUUUUUGAAAAUUUUUUUCAUGCACAAAGUAAGCACCUAAAUUUUGUGUUGCCAUAGAAGAUUUGCUAACUUGCUUCUUAUCCAUCCAAAUUAUUGCAGUCUUCUAGCAUUUCAAUACUACUAGCUUGGAUUUCGUAAUGAAAUUAAUGCGAACGUAUUUAGGAAUGUAUUUGAACCGUGCGACCCCACGACGUUCCAACCAGAUUUUAGGCCGGGCGCUCCACGUGUUUUCUUGAAAAUUGGGAAAUUUUAGUGGAAGAGCAGCAGUUCUAAUCGAGUCGUCACCGCGAGAAGAUGUAGUCAUACAGCUUGUCUCGGCCUCCAAACUAGGCUUCGGCCUAUUUAGAAGGAAAAUAUUAUUAUUUUUAUUUUGUAUAAUUUGAAAGCAUGUAGUUUGAAAAAUAGUACCGUACUUAAAAUGUAGAAUUUAGUGAUUGUGAGUGCCGAUUUAUUUGUCAAAUUUCCGAUUGCAUGAAACAAUACGGGCAGAUGGUGGGCUGCAUGAAAGGUCUGGAUCGGAUUGAGCGGAACCGACGCUACCGCAAGCUGAGGCCAGCCGCGUCGGUGACCGACGCCCCGCGCCAAUGGUGGCACUACGCGGUCGCUUGUCUGCUGUGCGACUCGGGCGCAGGCGCCGUGCGCAUGGAGCGUGCAGGUGCCGCGCGUCUGGAAGGCAUGCUGCAGCGCGCACGCGACAACGUGCAGUAUGUGCGCAUCUACGGUCAGCUGUUAGCUGCCGGUGACGUCACUGCGCUUGUUCCCGCCGACAAAGCGUUCAAGGACGCUGUCGAGUGGGAGAGGGGAUUCGAUGAGUUGAGAGUGUUGAGGGAGAUCGCAAUGACUCGUAUCCGGCCUCCCAGUACCGCUAAGCCUUCACCGCCCCCAGAUGGAGGCGUCAAACCGCCCCCGGAGGCAGAAACCGCCAACAACCAACAGCAACAGGGGCGGAGCGUGCUAGUCAGCUGGUUCCCACAGUGGUGGGGAUGGCAAUGUGUUAAAUUGUCAAUUUCUGACUAGCUUAUUGAUUGUAGCCUAUAAUAUUCUCAAACUGGCUUAUAUUUGAAUUAUCAGUGACUAAAUAAAAUUCAGCAAUUAAGGCCCAUAAAAUCUCUAAAAUAUAGUUUCAACAAUAAUAAAAAUUUAUAAAAUCAUAAAA